CUAAUUUGGCUAACUUAAAAAUAGCUAGAUCAUAUCAGCUUAGCCAAAUGAUUUGAGACAUACCUAGUUUUUGUGGCGGUUACUGGCAAUAACGUAUGUAAAAUGACUUCAGAACAAACGUUGGCCACAAACGUAAUGUAAAACGUCCUUUUAAGUUGAAUGAUCGCUAGCUACCGUGCGAUGUAUCGCUGUGUUUAUUCGCUAGUGUUGCAGGUUAGAACGAGUUGAGCUAACGUUAGCUAGCUAGCAAAACUUGGUUUGACUUAAUUAUUUUAUUUGGCCUUCCAACUAAUUUUAGCGAACUUAAUGUUACUUCACUAAAUCAGUAAUGGGUUUUUUAUACUUAGCAAAUGUUAGCUAACCUUAGUGGUGGAGUCACAAUAAAAUUAAGUUGGCAGCUUGCGUCGUAGAAGUCUGAACGCUAGUAAGAAUGCAUGGGAACAGAGGACCUCGCCCUGAACAACACAACCAAGGUCCUCCCCCCAGACAUCAGGACCCUCAGGGACGCCAGAAUAAAGGAACAGAGGCCAGCAGCAAUGGACAACAUUCAGAAACUGACUCUUCCCUGACCAUAGAUCUGCAGAGUUUCAGGAAGCCAGGAGAGAAGGCUUAUACCCAGCGCAGCAGACUGUUUGUAGGUAAUCUGCCCUCUGGGGUCACUGAGGAGGAGGUUGAGAAGCUGUUUUCCAAGUAUGGAAAGUCUUCUGAAAUUUUCAUCCACAAGGACAGGGGCUUUGGUUUUAUUAGGCUGGAGUCAAGAACCUUGGCGGAGAUUGCUAAAGCUGAGCUUGAUGACACACUCUUCAGGGGCAGGCAGCUCCGUGUCCGCUUUGCAACUCAUGGAGCAGCGCUCUCUGUAAAGAAUCUGCCUCAGUUUCUUUCAAAUGAGCUGCUGGAAGAGGCUUUCUCCAUCUUUGGUCCGAUCGAGAGGGCCAUCGUUAUCGUGGAUGACCGUGGCAGAGCCACAGGGAAGGGGAUUGUGGAGUAUGCCAACAAGCCAGCGGCAAGGAAGGCUCUUGAUAGGUGUGCUGACGGUGCUUUUUUGUUGACUGCCUUUCCCAGGCCUGUGACCGUGGAACCAAUGGAACAGUUUGAUGAGGAUGAGGGUUUACCUGAGAAGAUCAUUAACAAAAACCAGCAGUAUCACAAGGAGAGGGAACACCCGCCGCGAUUUGCCCAUCCAGGGACGUUCGAGUACGAGUAUGCCAUGCGCUGGAAGGCCUUGAUGGAGAUGGAGAAGCAGCAGUACGAGCAGGUGGACAGGAACAUCAAAGAGGCCCACGAGAAGCUGGAGCAGGAGAUGGAGGCAGCAAGGCACGAGCACCAGGUCAUGCUGAUGAGGCAGGACCUGCUGCGGCGUCAGGAGGAGCUCAGGAGGAUGGAGGAGUUGCACAGCCAGGAGCUGCAGAAGAGGAAGCAGAUGGAGCUGCGGCAGGAGGAGGAGCGCCGCCGCAGGGAGGAGGAGAUGAGGAUCCACAGUGAGGAAAUGAGGAGGCAGCAGGAGGGCUUCAAGGGCAACUUCCCUGAGAACCGGGAGCAGGAGAUUAGGAUGCACAUGGCAGGUCAAGCGAUGGCAAUGAACAGAAACUCUAGUGGAGGGAAUCCUGUGCCCGCAGGAGCUGGAAACACACCCACCGAUCCUGCACAGUUAACGGCUGCAGCAGGGAACGCCAUUCCAAACCAGGCUGGCUUUCCAAGAGGCCCACCUGGGCCGGCUGAUUUUGGCGCAAACAAGCGCCGUAGAUUCUGAGGACCCAAAUUCAUUUUCUUUUCUUUUUCCCCCCCCCUUUUUUUGUAGAAUGACUUUAUAUUGUUCAACAUUUUAAAUGCAGUUUGGGAAUUUCUGCUUUUAUGUGCCUCUGAAAUUGGAAUAUGGAAAUUAUUUGGGUUGAAAUUUACACAAGCCCAACCCCACCCUCUGAGUUGGUAGAAAGUCCAUUGUUGAAGUACCUCCUUUAUAAUAGCCGCCCCCCCCCCCACCACAGCUUUUUUCUUUUUUCUUUUUCCUUUUUUAUUCCAACUCCAAAACUUUGUACAUUUAUAUUGGCAUGUAACUUGCUUUUUGCUCAUGUCAGUUGCAUUCUGGAAAGUAGCUUUUCAUUACAUUAAAUACAUUUUUAAAAUA